AUGGCCCGCAAUGACACCGAGUGCGGUGAUGGCGCCUUCGGGCCGGGCGUCUGGAGCCAAGGCUGUCGGGGCGGCUUUGACUUUACGUUGUCAUUUGAAGAGAGCAUACUCACAAUCCUCCCCGCGGCCGUAUUUCUCGUCUUAGCUGGUGGCCGAUGCGUCUACCUCUUUCGUUCCGGGGACAAGGCCAAGCGUGAGGCAACGUAUACCCCAAAGCUGAUUACGGGCUGUUUGUAUGCUGCCCUCAACGUUGCCCUUCUCGCCGUCGUCGCGUCCUCUCCCCGAGCAGGCUCGAAACUUGCCAUCGCCGCCGCCGUGCUCAGCCUCCUCGCAUCGUUCACAAUCGUCAUACUUUCCCACGUCGAACACGUGAAGUCUAUCCGCCCGUCCUUUCUGCUGACGAUAUAUCUCUUUGUCUCGCUGUUAUUCGACGCUGCUCGUCUACGCACCGAAUGGCUCAUCGCCGCAUCGGCCAGCUCCGCCUACGCAGGCGUUCUCUCUGCGUCUGCAGGAUUGAAGCUCUCCCUCUUAGUACUGGAGACAGUCGAGAAGCGCAGCAUCUUAAUUGAAGGCGGAUCCAGCCCGUCGCACGAGAGCACCAGUGGACCUCUAAGCCGCGGCUUCUUCGUUUGGCUCAACCCACUGCUUAUCACAGGCUGGGCGACGGUGCUCACGAAUAAUGACCUGCCAACCAUCAACGAGAGGCUCUCAUCAAGGCGACUUGACAAGCGCUUUGCAACCAAAUGGGACAAGGCAACGGCCGGCGGCCGCAAGCCGAUGCUGUUCUUGACUACCCUCAACGUGCUCAGAUGGGAGCUGCUGAGCAUUGCCUUACCGCGCGUUGGGAUGAUUGGCUUGAGCAUCUCACAGCCGUACCUGGUGUCGAAUGCGCUGCGUUUCUUGUCGAUGCCCAGUGGCGAGGCGACGACAAACCUGGGCUACGGGCUUAUUGGCGCCUUUGCAUUUGUCUUUAUCGGCUCAGCGAUACUUACUGCUUGGCACGAGCACCUCACUUUCCGCGCCGGCGCCAUGAUCCGCGGCGGCCUCAUCUCGCUCAUCUACCGAAAGAUGGUCCGCCUGCCUACCAAGCAGCUUGGCGAGUCGUCGGCCGUGUCGCUCAUGGGAAACGAUGUCGAAAUGCUCACGGAGCGCAUCAACAUGCUCCUCGUGGAGUCGUGGGCGAAUACAAUCACUGUCGCCAUUGCCAUGUGGAUGCUUACGCAGCAGCUCGGCGCUGUGUCGGCGGCCCCGAUCAUCAUGAGCUUGAUUUGCCUCUUCCUCAAUACCAUGAUCGGCCGACUCAUGGUUCCCCGCCAAAUCACGUAUCAAAAGGCAACCCAAGAUCGCAUCAACUUCACGUCCGAGGUGUUGGGUUCGAUGAAGGCCGUCAAGAUGCUCGGCUACUCUGACACCUUCACCAAGCUCAUCGAGACGAAGCGCGACAAUGAUAUCAACUCUGGCAAGCAGUUCCGUCUUCUGAAUGUCUGGGCCAACGUCAUCACCAACGGCAACAUUGCCAUUACUCAAACAGCGACCUUUGGCGCAUAUGCCAUUGCCGCCAAGGUAUCUGGAUCUGAGCCCUUCUCUGCUGCACAGGCCAUCACGGCUGUCUCGAUUCUCAAUGUCAUGAUGUUGCCGCUCAGUCUCUUGCUUGGCAGCAUUCCGUUCUCGUUCUCCGCCUUUGGCUGCUUCAAGAGAAUCCAAGAGUUUCUACUCCUGCCCGAGCGCAUCGACAGUCGCGCUAUUCAGUCGGGAUUUGGAGAUGGUGUAUCAGUAAGGUCCACCGAUGGUUCAUCAACCGACGGCAUCGAGCUGCAGACGUUCAAGCACAAAGGAGACCCCUCUGCAUCCGUAACGAUCGCAAAUGGCAACUUUGACUGGGGCGAGAAACCUGUUUUGCGCGAAAUUGACACCAAGCUGCCUCAACACCAGACGGGCUCGCUUACCAUGAUCAUUGGGCCAAUUGGAUCUGGAAAGUCGACCUUUCUCAAGGCUAUACUCGGCGAGACGGCAUCUUCGAACGGCCACGUUUCUUUGAGCUCACAGGCCGUGGCGUUUUGCGAUCAAACGCCAUGGGUGCUGAACGCUACGAUCAGGGAGAACAUCAUUGCGGAGACAGAAGGGUACAAUGAGUCCUGGUUCAAGGCGGUCGUUGAGGCGUGCGACUUGGCCGUCGACCUUGGCCGAUUACCUGACGGCGCCGCGACUGUCGUCGGCGACAAGGGAUUGAAGCUCAGUGGCGGGCAAAAGCAGCGUAUUGCUAUUGCACGUGCAGUUUACGCGAGAAAGCCAGUUGCGAUAUUUGACGACGUGUUUAGUGGACUGGAUAAAGUCACGGAGAAGACUGUGUUCAACCGCGUCUUCGCCCAGGAUGGUCUGCUGCGAAGGAGCGGUACAUCCAUCAUACUCGCAACGCACGCUGUUCAUCAUCUUCCCGAUUCUGACUUUGUCAUUGCGCUUAACAAGAACGGAUCGAUUGUUCAGCAGGGGACCUUCAACGACCUGCGCUCCAAGGGAGGCUAUGUGCGGGACCUCGAUAUCUCACUGCCGCACUCGGACAAGCCAGACGAGGAUGUUGUCGAGGAGCCUGAAGAUGGUGACAGCGAUAGCUACGACAAACAGGCUGCGGCAGAGGAGAUUGAGGAGCCUCAAGGCCGCGCGAGCGACCGAAGCACCUUCAAGUACUACCUUGCAUCGGUGACGUGGUUGAACAUUAUUCCCGCAGGCUUGUACAUUGUCCUUCAUACCUUCUUCUACAUGUUCAGGUAUAUCUGGCUCACUUGGUGGGGAGAAGGCAGAGGCCAUGAGAGCACCGACGUGGGCUAUUGGCUGGGUCUGUACGCGUUCAUGGCCGUCGUCGAGAUUGCAGGCGUUUCCUUAGCAAUCAUGCAAGGAUUGAUCUUCAUGGGCCCGACCAGCGGCAAGACGUUGCACACCAGAGUGCUCAACGCGGUCAUGAAUGCACCUCUCUCCUUUCUGUCAAAGCACGAGACGGGCUCGCUUGUCAACCGGUUCAGUCAAGACAUGCGACUCGUCGACAUUGUGCUGCCCAUCUCUCUCAGCAUCUUUAUGUUCGAGGUGACCUUGUGCUUUGCUGUCGCUGGUCUCGCCAUCAGCGCCGUAAGCUAUUUUGCCAUCUGCAUCCCAUUUGUCGCGGUUGUGCUCGCCGUCAUCCAGCGGUUCUACGUCCGUACUUCCAAACAACUGCGUCUCUUGGAAAUUGAACACAAGGCCCCGCUGUACUCGCAUUUCCUUGAGUCGAUCAAUGGCCUCGCGACCAUACGUGCUUUCGGCUGGAUCCGCCCUUACGUCGACAAGGGCAUGGACCUUCUUGACAAUGCGCAAAAGCCGUCGUACCUGCUCUACUGUAUUCAGCGUUGGCUCACGCUCGUCCUUGAUCUCGUCGUCGCAGGGCUCACGAUUUUGCUGGUAGCAUCUGCGGUCGCUCUGCGUGGCAAGAUUAACCCGUCGCUGCUCGGCAUCGCGCUCGUCAACAUGAUGGAUUUGGGGAACAACCUCAAAGGCAUCGUGCUGCAAUGGUCGACCCUGGAGACGUCGCUAGGUGCUGUGACCAGGAUCAAGAACUUCUCGGAGAAUGCGCCCUCCGAGAGCCUCCCAGAGGAGAACACAGUACCGAGCGUACAGUGGCCAGCUCGCGGCGACUUGGAGCUCCGAAACGUGUCUGUGCAGUACGACUCUACCGAGGAACCUAUCCUGCACAAUCUCUGCAUGACAAUGAAGCAUGGCCAAAAGAUUGGCCUCUGCGGGCGCAGUGGUAGUGGCAAAAGCUCCACCAUUCAGGCCCUCCUGCGUCUCGCCAACGUUGUUGAGGGUCAGAUCGUGCUCGACGGUGAGGACAUCACACGGGUGCCGCGCUCGCUCCUCCGUGAGAAGCUCAGCUGCCUCACCCAAGAGGCUUUUCUCUUUACAAACACCAUCCGAUUCAAUAUGGACCCGCUUGGCGAGCACAAUGACGAGAGUGUGGUGGCAGCACUCGAGCGUGUGGGCCUGUGGGCUGUGAUCCGCAGCAAGCUUGGAGACGAAAAGGAGUCGCCACUGGACGAGAAGAUGGACGAGACGUUCUUCUCUCAUGGGCAGCGGCAGUUGCUUUGUCUGGCGCGGGCAUUGUUAAAACGGAGCUGUGUUCUCAUCCUCGACGAGCCAACCAGCAGUGUCGAUAGCCAAACGGACGCGAAGAUUCAGGAAGUCAUUCGUACCGAGUUCAAGGAUCGCACCAUCAUAAUGAUUGCGCACCGUCUUGACACGUUGCUGGACUUUGACAAGGUGGCUGUCCUGGAUAGGGGCUUGCUGGUGGAAUAUGAUGCGCCGGGACAAUUGCUGCGGGAUGGAGACAGCUACUUUGCCCGACUGUACCGAGCAGAGAAGUCGAAGCGGGGGGAAAAGCAGAGCUCUAGCUAA